AUGGCUUCUUUGCCUUCAGUGGCUGUCAAUGGCAAUCUCAAGCUCGACCAAGAAUUCAGAAAACACCCCACAAGUUUUCUUCCUUCAGAAAGGAGCACAAACGUGUCGUAUCAGAAAAGUCACACAGUCACCACUUUGAAUGGAAGUUCAGAACCCAAGUCUCUGGACUUCCGAGAAGCGCUUUCGAUGAUUAGAGAGGGUGAAAAUGUUGAGUCAACUUACUACGUCCCUGUUUUGCAAGAAUGCAUAGACAAGAAUUCGGCUUCAGAAGCGAAAAUUGUUCAUGCCCACAUCGUAAAGACCGGAACCCACCAAGAUUUGUUUGUCUCAACGUUCCUUGUCAAUGUUUAUGCAAAAUGUGGAAACAUGGAAAUUGCUCGUAAAGUUUUCGACAAUUUGCCAAAGAGAAACGUUAUUUCGUGGACAAGUUUGAUGACAGGUUAUGUUCACAGUUCGCAGCCAGAAGUUGCCAUUCAUGUUUUCCAAGAAAUGUUGGAAGCUGGGGCUUAUCCUACGAAUUACACUCUAGGAAUUGUUUUAAAUGCUUGUUCUUCUUUGCAAUCCGUUUACUUAGGGAAGCAAUUGCAUGCCUACAGUAUCAAGUACCAGAUUGACUUUGACACUAGUAUCGGCAACUCUCUUUGCAGUUUAUACUCGAAAUGCGGAACCUUGGAAUCCGCUGUUAAAGCAUUUAAGAAAAUUGAAGAAAAAAAUGUGAUAUCAUGGACUGCAGCCAUAUCUGCUUGUGGUGAUAAUGGCGAAGCUGUAAGGGGUUUGAAAUUUUUCACUGAAAUGCUCUCUGAGGGCAUUGAGCCUAAUGAGUACACCCUAACCAGUGUAUUGAGCUUGUGUUGUUUAAUGCUGUCUUUGGAUGUGGGGACGCAGGUUCAUUCGUUAAGCAUUAAACUUGGCUAUGAAUUGAACCUGCCAAUAAGAAACUCUAUCAUGUAUUUGUACCUCAAAUGUGGAUUGAUUAAUGAGGCUCGAGAAUUGUUUAAUGGAAUAGGAGCUAUCAGCUUGGUUACCUGGAAUGCAAUGAUUGCAGGCCAUGCACAAAUUAUGGAUCUUGCAGAGGAUAAUCUCUCAGCAUACCAAAGUGGAACUGAGGCACUUAACCUUUUCUUGAAAUUGAACCGCUCAGGCUUGAAACCAGAUUUAUUCACCUUCUCAAGUAUCUUGACUAUAUGUAGUAGUUUAGUGGCCUUACAACAGGGAGAACAGAUUCAUGCUCAGACCAUUAAAUCUGGGUUUCUUUCAGAUAGGGUAGUAGGAACUGCCUUAGUCAAUAUGUACAAUAAAUGUGGAAGCAUCGAAAAAGCAAGCAAAGCUUUCGUGGAAAUGUCUACCAGAACUUUGAUAUCAUGGACUACUAUGAUCGCAGGUUUUGCACAGCAUGGGAAGACUCAGCAAGCACUGCAGCUCUUUGAGGAUAUGAGAAUUGCAGGAGUCAGACCAAAUCAGGUUACUUUUGUGAGUGUUCUCUCGGCUUGUAGCCAGGCUGGGAUGGUCAAUGAAGCACUUGGUUUCUUUGAGAUGAUGAAAAAGGACUAUAGGAUUAAGCCUGUGUUGGACCAUUUUGCCUGCCUGAUUGAUAUGUACAUGCGGUUGGGGUCGGUUAGAAGAAGCCUUUGCUCUUGUCAAGAAAAUGGAUCCUGCACCAAAUGA